GAGGGUCUAAGAUGGGAUUAGUUUAGGAAUAUGUUCGUUAAUGAUGCGAUUACAAAAUUGCAUAAAAACGUAAAGUAUCAGAAUAAGCAGGGUAUGCACGGACACAUAUAAACCAAAACAAAGAAAAACCUGACAGAACUCUUCUAAAUCACCAUAUCAUGGGGGACUCAGAUAUAGAUGCAUCUAAUAGGACGAUAGAACAGUACCAUAGUUUUUUUAGGUGUGUCACUUUUCGUUUGUACAAAAAAAUCUGCCUCAAUGAAAAAAUAAAAAAGUUAACAAAUGCUCCUUAGUCUACCUUACUAUCAUGAGUGCGAUUGAAAUCACUCGAAUCAAUCUUGUCUUAAGAUGUUGGAACUUGAGUGACCUUGUCGUUUUUGAUCGGAAGUUGGACGCGUCAUUAUGGCUGACGACAUUUUAGACUUUGAAAGUAAGAAAAAGAAGAAAUCAAAGCCUCUUGUGCAUGAUUUUAAAGAUGAACCCGGUAAUCUGGGGAACCAAGAUAUUCUGGACUUUGGUUCAAAAAAGAAGAAAAAGGACAAACUCUUAAGCUUGGACGACGUGGGUAACAAAGAGGACUCACGUCAGGAACCGGAAUUUCAUAAGAAGGACCCAACAGAAAACGGCGUUAAGCAACUUACUGAAAAACUAACAGAUGAGCUCACUUUCUCAGACAAAAAGAAAAAAAAGAAAUUCAGACCGAUUGAAGUAGAUGAAAAUGGGGUUUGCGAGCCAAACAGUAUGUCUGAACUUAUCGUCAGGGAUUCAUCGGGUUAUGAUUAUGAAACGCUGUUAACACGAGUUUUCGCUCAGCUUGGUGAUUUGAAUCCUGAACUUGUAUCAGAUCAGAAAAGAAAGCUCGUAAUGGUUCCUCCUCAAAUGGCUCGUGUUGGGACCAAAAAGACUCUUUUUGUAAAUUUUUCAACUAUUUGUCGUUCUUUAAUGAGAGAUCAGUCUCAUCUCACAACAUACAUACUAACUGAAUUGGGUACUCAGGGUUCAGUGGAUGCUAACGGUGCUUUACUUAUUCGUGGACGUUAUACAAGUAAACAUAUGGAACCUGUGCUGAGAAACUACUGUAGAACUUACGUGUUGUGUGGUACCUGCCAGUCUUCUGAAACAGACCUAUGCAAAGACUCGAGACUUCUUUUCCUCCACUGUCGGCGAUGUGGAUCUCGUUUCACCGUAAAAACAGUGACUUCCGGAUUCCAAGCACUGACAGGGAAACGUGCUGCUUUGCGGGCAAAAACACAAUGAUGAUACGCUAACUGUUCCGGGUUUUUUACUUCGUCGACCUAAAGCACAAACUAUCGAAAUAAAACGCUAUUUUAUUUCCAGUAGUAUUCUUUCUAGUACAAUAUGCGAAGAUACUUUUGUUUACGCAUCUACUAAUUAGUUUCAGCAAGAUUCUUAAACUGUAUUAAUAUGAACGCCUUAUACUUGAGGACGUACAUAUAGAAUUCCAGGUGUUAUAUUUCUAAACAUUUGUUAUGACUACCUUGAAGGGUGUUGGUAGGUAGAUUUAAUUUUAAACAAAUAAUUAGAGAGAUUUAUUGCAC